AGUAUCACAUUCAGUUUCAAGAUGAAAACCGCCGUGCUUCUUGUUGGUCUCCUGGCCGUUGCCAGCGCCGAAUGGAUCGAUAUCGAUUGGUCCAACGUGCGCCCGAUCGAGGAGUUCGAUCACUACUGGGAGCGUCUGCCAGCUGAGAUGCAGAUCUACCGUAAGAUGCUUCCCUCGCAUCGUGUCACCAAUGGCCAGGAAGCUACUCCCGGUCAGUUCCCGUACCAGAUUGCUCUGCUGAGCGAGUUCGUCAUUACGAGCGGUCUGUGCGGUGGUUCCGUCUUGACCAACAACUUCAUCCUGACCGCUGCUCACUGCGUGGUUGGAACGGCCGGUAUUUUGGCUACUGGAGGUACUGCCAUCAUUGGCGCACACAACCGCAACGAGGUGGAAGCAACCCAGCAGCGUAUUCGGUUCUCCGGGCCAGGAGUUAUUCCUCAUCCAUUCUACACUUCCGCCAACAUUCGCAAUGACAUUGCCGUGGUUCGUCUGGAUGCACCGAUCGUCUUCAACGAACGGGUACAACCGGUCCGUCUGCCCGCCCGUUCUGAUACUCGCCAGUUCGGUGGUUUCCUUGGAACUGUAUCCGGCUUUGGACGUACCUCCGAUGCCAGCCAGGCUACCUCACCUGUUGUGAUGUUCACGACUAACCCUAUCAUGACCAACGCUGACUGUAUUGCCAGCUGGAACAGUGUUCUCAUUGAGCCCCAGAACGUGUGCCUGAGCGGUGAGGGUGGUCGCUCGGCCUGCAACGGUGACUCCGGUGGCCCGCUUGCCGUCCAGGAUGGUGGAAGCCUCCAGAUUGGUGUUGUGUCGUUCGGAUCUGCUGCUGGAUGUUCGGUCGGUAUGCCAUCGGUGUACGCUCGUGUGUCCUUCUUCCUGGACUUCAUCGAGUCCAACUCUGACUUUGUGGCUGGUGCAUAAAACAAACAAUCUGCGAUAUGAGAGAUGUAAGGAAAGAUUUAAAUAAAAGCUAAUUUUGUUUAAUGAAAUCGU